AUGUGGGUGAGACAUGAGACUUUUAGGGGCGAGAUUGACAGAAUCUGGGAGGCAGACCCAAGUUACAAUGGCAUGAUGAACCUCCAGCUCAAGCUUAUCAGGACCAAGAAGUUCUUAAAGGUUUGGAACAGAGAGGUACUUGGCAACACCAUCCAGUACCUAAAGGAUGCAGAGCAGGCAAUUCUUGAGUCACUGAUUUUAUAUGAUAUUGUCCCGACCCCUGCACAUAGAGCCGAAUUCAGUAGAGUGUCUACAGAGCUCAUCAUCACGGCCAAGAUGGAGGAAGAAUUUUGGAGGCAAAAGGUGGCGAUUAGAUGGGCUGCUGAUGUGGAAAGGAACUCCAAAUUCUUUCAUGGAUGGGUCAGACAGAAGAGAGUUAAGUCGAGGAUAUGUACGGUAGAGUUUGGGGGACAGGCACUGACGGAAGAGACAAAGAUCAGAGAGUCGGUGGCAGCCUUCUUUCAGCAGCUUCUGACAUCGGACGUGGGGGACCUUGCAGAGCCCGACUUAUCUCUUAUCCAUACACUUCCAGACUCAGUUGAUCAGGAGGCUCUGUGUUCGCCGCCGCAGGAUAAGGAGGUUAGAGAUGCAGUGUUUGGGAUCAAUGGUGAUAGUGUGUCCGGGCCGGAUGGGUUCACUUCGUUGUUCUUUCAGUCAUGCUGGGACACUGUUGGGAGAGACGUGAUUGCAGCUGUGGGAGACUUCUUCAGUGGGGCGUUUAUACCCCGAAGCUUCACGGCGACCAUGAUCGUCCUUAUUCCGAAGAAGCCUAACCCGGUCACUUGGGGAGAUUUUAGACCGAUCAGCCUCUGCAAUUGUUACGAACAAGAUCAUCACAAAGAUUCUUGCCUCGAGACUUAUGACAUCAUCAUUUUCUCGAGGGCUCAUAGAGAGGCGCUAGAGAAGUUGGUGGGGUGCCUGGAUCAUUACAUAGCCGUGUCUGGCCAGAUAGUGAAUAAUGGGAAAACUCAAUUCUACUUGGCGAAUGAGCACAUGGAGUUCGCGGACAUUGUGGAGGAGGUUGGAGGAUUUCAGAGAGGGGUGAUGCCUUUCACAUACUUAGGGGUCCUGAUUUUCCGAGGAGCGAGGAGGGCAGACAAUCUGCUGCCCCUUAGGCAGAAGCUAAUGGACAGGAUCCACAGUUGGUCUCACCGACACCUUGCUUUUGGGGGUCGACUUGUGUUGAUUAAGAGCACUUUAGCAGCCAUCCCCCUACACAUCUUACAGGUCAUGAGCCCUCUGCUUGGCUUUCUAGACGAGCUGGAACAGAUUCUAGCUAGAUAUUUUCGAGGGACAGUUGGAGAGAAGAGGAAGUUGCACUGGAUCUCAUGGAGACAGAUUUGUUUGUCAUUCGAUGAGGGUGGCUUGGGUAUUCGCCGCUUCAGGGAAGUGGCAGUGGCUUUUAGGUUUAAGCUAUGGUGGAGAUUCCUCGCUCAGGACUCUCUCUGA